UCACCUUCUUUGCUGUGAGUUGGAAGUAGACUAAACACAACACCAUUUCCAAGAUGUAUAGUGAGGAAUGCAGACAGACAUCAUGGGGAGGACUUUUAACAAAAACUACCCCGAGAAAUGUUGCAUGCCAAGCAAUACGGACUUGAAGAGGUGACGCCAAGGAGUAGAUCUAUUACGUUGAUCUGCUGUGUAUUUUCCUCUCGUGCUGCUGACUUUAUGGCACGCGCUCACGUUUUGCGCGGGACUUUGAUAUCGUUUGUUGGCCUUAAAUGCAGGCUGGAUUGGAAACCGGCUGGCUAACGUUAGCCUAUUAAAAUUUGUUUUUAUUGUAGGGUCGUUCUGGUAUUGGCUAGGAUACCAGGCAAUAGUUUUAUUUCAAGACUAUUAUUAAUUGAUUAAAGGUCACGUUCUACAUUAGUAUUCGUAUUUCAGCUGAUUUUCCCUCCCAGGGUAACAAUGUGGCACCUAGCAGACAGAGUUGUUAAUAAUGCUGGGCAUUUUACUCCGGUAGAACAACCAGAGGCAGAAGAUGGUGAUCAGUUCCUCUCGUUUGCCAAGAGGUCCAAGGUUGUGCAGCGUCAGUGUUCAGAGAUGGAGACUGAGCCUAGCCCUCCCCCACAGUCUAGCUCCUUGUCUCAGAGUAGAGACAAUUUCUGGCACAGGAUUCUAUGUCAGCCAAGUGAAGUGUCUCCUGAGCCCACCCCAUCCUACGGCCCAGUUCAGAUGCAGAUGUUCUCAAAUAAACCUGAAGGACUAGUUGGUGUGGACAUGGCAGGAUCACCUCCAGCAGGACAGAGAGUUAAAAAAGGGGGAAGGCUGGGUCUAGGAAAGCUACCUUCUCCAGUGGAACUGAUGGGCCGGAAGAAGAAGGGGAGGACAGGGGGUGCAGCACAGAGCAGCCAGGUGGUGCAACCCAGGGUGGCAGCAGUGCUGCAGCACAUUGGGGACCUCCGCAGGAGACAGAGCUCUAUUGACCAGUUGAAGCGGGGGAGUUGGUGGGGCUCCAAACCCAGGUGUAAGGCAGAAAAGGGCUGUUCCCAGAGGCAAGCAGAUGACAGCAGCAUGACUAUCAGCACCACAGUGGAGAAGCAGGAUGAAGCUACGGACUACCUCAGUCCAACCCUCACUCGUCCUUACACCCAGAAGGAGGCAUGGACUCAACUCUCACUGACUGAUAUUAUAUUUAAGAGUAACUGGAAUUGAGGAAGCAAAUGUGGAUAUCCCUUAUACGACUGUGAUGUCU